UUUCAUUCUUAUACCGAUCAAAAGAAUAAGAUGAAGAAGACGAUGACUUCCCGUGAUUCAAUUUCAACUAUCGAGUGUUUUCCUGACGAUGUUCGGUGUCACAUUCUCUCAUUCCUUCCAACGAGAGAUGCUGCUGCUACAAGUCUUCUAUCAAAGAGAUGGAAACCACUUUGGCUCUCGCUCCGUUCCUUUGACUUCCAUGACAGAUACUUUCCUGACUUCCUCAAGUUUUCCGAUUUUGUCAUCUCAUUUCUCUCCUCACCGGACACUCUCCACGUCCAAUCCUUACGCCUCUCUUGUGGCUCCGGUAAUACCUUCCAAUCUUACUACUCAGAUGAUUUCAACCUCUUUUUUAAUAGGGUAGGGCUAAAAGGUGUUCCGGAACUUGAUCUCCAAAUGCUCUUUUCAUCCAGUUUGCCCAGUGGCUUCUACAGUUGCAAGACUCUUGUCACCGUCAAGCUAGACAAUGUUAUUUUGGAUUACUCUUCCUGUGUUGAUUUUCCAUUACUUAAAUCGCUAAUUUUGAAUGACUUCACCUUUGGAAGUCAAGCUAUUAUGUUCAACUUUUUAUGUGGAUGUCCUAUUCUUGAAUAUUUAGAUGCAAAAUCCCUAAAAAUUGGUCGUGACACUCCUCCACAAGUGGAAGAGGGGGCUAAGUCUUUACCCAAGUUGGUCAGAGCAAGAAUUGGUUAUUGCAACUAUACCCCGUUUCCUGUGCGUUCUAAUGCACAAUUUUUGCACCCACAAAUGGUAUUAAAUGCUCCUCUAAUAUUAAUAACUUUUUCUCAUUAUUUUUAG